UCAAACGCGGGGGCCGCUGCCGCCGCCGCCGCCGCCGCCGCCGCCGCCGCCACCGCCUCCGCGUCUGCGUUCGCCAUGCGUCCCGGGGCGCCGGGGCCACUGUGGCCACUGCCCUGGGGGGCCCUGGCAUGGGCCGUGGGCUUCGUGGGCUCCGUGGGCUCGGGGGACCCCGCGCCCGGUGGUGUCUGCUGGCUCCAGCAGGGCCGAGAGGCCACCUGCAGCCUGGUGCUGAAAACCGACGUGAGCCGAGCUGAGUGCUGUGCCUCUGGCAACAUUGACACUGCCUGGUCCAACUUCACCCACCCGGAGAACAAGAUCAGCCUCCUGGGUUUCCUGGGGCUCGUCCACUGCCUGCCCUGCAAAGAUUCGUGCGAAGGCGUGGAGUGCGGCCCCGGCAAGACCUGCCGCAUGCUGGGGGGCCGUCCACGCUGCGAGUGCGCGCCCGACUGCGCGGGGCUCCCGGCGCGCCUGCAGGUCUGCGGCUCGGACGGCGCCACCUACCGCGACGAGUGCGAGCUGCGCGCCGCGCGCUGCCGCGGCCACCCGGACCUGCGCGUCAUGUACCCGGGCCGCUGCCGCAAAUCGUGCGCGCACGUGGUGUGCCUGCGGCCACAGUCAUGUGUGGUAGACCAGACGGGCAGCGCACACUGCGUGGUGUGUCGCGCGGCGCCCUGCCCCGCGCCCUCCAGCCCUGGCCAGGAGCUCUGUGGCAACAACAACGUCACCUAUAUGUCCUCGUGCCACCUCCGCCAAGCCACCUGCUUCCUGGGCCGCUCCAUUGGCGUGCGCCACCCGGGCAGCUGUGCAGGCACCCCUGAGCAGUUAGAUGCCGAGUCGGAGGAGGAGGAGGAGAACUUUGUGUGAGCCCGUGGGGCCGGCCUGGGCCUGGCGUUCAAGGCCUUCCCGUUUUAUUUAUUGCCACAGCAGAGUCUAAUUUAUGUCCCACGGACACUUCCCAGAGCCUGGACCGCGACCAUUUCGGGAGCCCUAGUGCCCGCCCUCCCCACUUGACGACACUUGGAAGAAUUGAGGGAAAGAGGCCUGGGAGCAGGGCUGGUGGGAGGGGCCUCACCCCAGGCCCCCGGAUACCACGCUUCUACUCCCUUGGGGGUAACUCUGUUAAUUAUCACUGCCACCAAGAGGGCUGGGGAUUCCCUGCCAGCAGUUAAUGAAGCAGCACCCUGGCCUUCUAGAACAGGGACCAGGGGAUGAGGAGGUGAUUCGCAGCCUGGGUGUGUGUAGCUGAGCAUGCCCAGAUACCCCAGACAGGCCAAGGAAGCAACCACUGUCCCCCACCAGCCCAAGGGUACCCAAGGAGCUUACCUUCCCCCUGCCUCCAAUUCCCCCAUAUGUCCUGUGAAGUCCCCUGAGAGAAAUCUAGCUUGAUCCCAGGGCCAGGGGCACUGUCUGCCUCCUGACACAGGCCUUGGUCGUGAAGCAGCCAGCAUCCGCCCAGAGCAGGGCACCAUGUCCAGCGGUGCCCAGUUCUCUUGGCGUGGGACCUGGUGGGGCCUACAAGCCCCUGCUCACCCACUGGCCCAGGGUAGGGUGUAGAUAACAAGAUCUACCGCACACCCGGCACCCCGGAGCAGUGUGUCCAAGGGGCAUCCCCAGUGCCCGCUGCCCUGUCCACAGAUGAGGUCCAGACCUAGGACCCCUCAGUCCCUCGUGUCCUGCCCUGGCCCGGCCUCUAGGCCCAGUUCCCAGGACCCUCCCUGCCUGCCAGCUGGAUGCUGGCCUUGGGCCGAUUUACUCCAUCCAGUUCGCUCCAUCCGAUAACCUGGGCUCUUGCUGCAUCCCCUGCCUGUGCCUGUGUGUAGACUAGGUGCUCAGACAGGAGGGGGGUGCCAAGCUCCUCAAGUUUGGAGCGAGGGCAGGGGGGCAGCGGUGCUCAUCCUCCCAGCUUCCAGGAAGUGCCUUACCUGUGACACCCAGAAAAGUGCCCUUGAGUAGCGGGUUCACCCGAGCCGCCCAACAAGGCAACCUCCCCUGCCCUGGGGUCCUGCCUCGCCUGCCAAAGAAAUAAACACUGAAAAAGUCA